UUGAAUCCGAGUUCUGAUUUUGCCUUCGUGUAGUCCAUGGAGAAGAACAAUAGAAGCAUACGAGUCGAGUGCCCUAAGCUGUUGAUCAGCCGAAACGAAUCGUAUCUCCAAUGGCUAAUCGGAUCCCCGUUUUUCCCUCCACUCACCAUCGUCUCCACCUUCAGAUGCAUCCAUUCCGAUUCCUCGGGCCCGGAUUUCCACAAGGAAUCAGAGGAAAUCAACACGCUACUGUUGAAAGGAUUCGAUGUAAUUGGAGCGUUAAUCAUUGGAAAAUCCGAUCCCGAAAAGACGGCGUCGAGGGCAAUUGACGCUGCUCGGAAAUUGAGGAAGGUUUUAUCUGCAAGGAAAAGUUCGGUAAAUGAAGAGACAAUCGGAGCCGUUGCUGAUCCCGAUUCGGGGGAGAUUCGUUUCUUUGUUUCGGAGACUGAGAGUUCGACGAGCCUCGAGUUAGUUAAGUCUGUUUUCUACGAUGAUAAUCCUGAGAAAUUCGUGUGGGAGAGUGGUUGUUUACUUCGCUGCGAGCUUCCGAUUAGAUUGCCCUUCUGUUUUCCUGUAAACAAGCCUUCUGACGUGGGAAAUAUCUUCUCGCAUGCAAUUGAAGGAGUUAUUGCUAAGUUCAAAGAUCCAAAUGUUGUGUAUAUGGCGGAAGCAUCAAGUAAAGCCUCUUUAGAUGUAGUUCAACCUGUCAUUCUUCAUGGUGCAGAAUUGGAUUUUGACACAGCUAUCCAAAACAUUGAGGUUUUGGACGAAGCUGUUGAUAAUUUUCACCAAAAAUUUUUACGAUGUGCACACUAUUGCUUGAAGAGUAAAUCUACCCUUGAGUUGUUUUCUGCAGAGAAUGCAGAUAUAAUCCAAAUAAGUGUUCUGCUUAAUAGAUCUGAAAAGUCUCCAAAAUGCAGUGCACCCACUGUGGAAUACUUUCCAGCCAUGGAGGAAGCUAGACUCUUGAUUGUGGAUUUAAAGUUAGAUGUACUCUGCUACACGGUCCAGGGCAUCCCAUUGAUGCAUGCUAUUUCAAAAUUAAUCAUCCCUGGAUUAAUUGACCAGUUAAAUUCAAUGAAGAAGAUGACCUUGCCUAAUCUGUUAACACAACAUCCACAGCUAUAUCCAUAUCACUUUAGUCUGCCUGGCAUAGUGCAUCCAAUAACUGUUAUCUAUGAACUUAAUUAUGGGGAGACUGAAAUGAAGCAAGUUGAUGCCCGAAGAUCCCUUCAUCAAAGGCUAGGGUUGCCAUUUGAUCGUCCUCUCUUAAGAAUUGCCAAUGCCCUGGAUUUGUCAACAAAAGACUGCUCAAGCGACAGCUCAACAAGAAGGGGUUCUUCUUUGCUUAAAGAUGUGCAUAUUGGGAUUCCGAGCAGUGGGGUCUCAGGAGGCAUUGUCUCUCUGGUUCAAGGUUCUUAUGAGUACUAUCAUUAUCUUCAGGAUGGCCUUGAUGAUUCAGGAUGGGGUUGUGCUUACCGCUCUCUGCAGACUAUUAUUUCAUGGUUCAGACUCCAACAUUAUUCAUCCAUACAUGUUCCUUCACACAGGGAAAUACAACAGGCUCUUGUAGAUAUUGGUGACAAGGAUCCUUCUUUCAUUGGGUCGCGUGAAUGGAUUGGUGCUAUUGAGCUGAGCUUUGUUUUGGAUAAACUUCUUGGUGUCAGUUGCAAAGUCAUGAACGUUAGGUCUGGAUCUGAGCUUCCUGAAAAAUGUCGAGAGCUGGCAUUGCAUUUCGAAAAUCAAGGAACACCAAUUAUGAUCGGUGGUGGUGUUCUUGCAUAUACCCUUCUAGGAGUAGAUUACAAUGAAGCUACUGGAGACUCUGCAUUUCUUAUACUAGAUCCCCACUACACAGGAACUGAUGAUCUUAAGAAAAUCGUAAACGGCGGAUGGUGUGGAUGGAAAAAAUCUGUUGAUAGCAAGGGAAAGUUUUUUUUACAUGAUAAGUUCUACAAUCUUCUGCUUCCCCAAAGGCCUAACAUGGUUUAGUUUUCUCUUAUAUUAGUUAAAGCAAAGGAAGCGAUUGUGAAUGAGCCUUGAGAUGGAAGGUUAAAGCACUAUUACUACAUAAGUUUUAAGAGAAUUGUGAAUGAAGUCACUACCCUCGGUCGACAUUUUUUUUUUUUUUUUUUAAUUUUGUACGCCUACAUUUAAAAUUUUGCAAUGUUCGGUCAAAUGACUAUGCUGGAUUCUUGUAUUUCUAAAAUAUGAAAGUUGUUAUGUAAUAAUUUGUGUUGCAACAAAAAAAUAAGAUAUUUUUAAUUUCUGUUAAAUUUAUAUUAUGGUUUUUAUUAAAAUUUU